ACCCCUUUUUUAAAAUAGGUUUAUCUCUCUCUCUCUCUCUCUUGUCUGAAGAUCCGAUUAGCUUUUCGGUAGGGGUCGAUUCGAUUCUGUAGGAUUAUGGCAAAUGUAAUGGGAGACGAUUGCAAUUUAGAAGUAAUGCCACCAAGAAAGAAGAAGAACAAUAAGCUGAACUCAAAUAAGAACACGGUUUCGAGAACAUCCCGGAAACGGAAACUGACUUCAAAUAAAGAAACGGCGGUAAUGAGCAACUCUCAGAAACGGAAGCUGAAGAAAUUGGCGGAAGAGAAAGAGAAUGAAACCUUCUAUGCAUACACUGCCGCGGCGUUAGAACAGUACAAGAUACCUGAGGAUAUAUCAUCGCUUUUACAAUCGUCAACAGUUAUAGGCAGAUCAGCGACAAAGCUGGAGAAACGUAGGAGAGCAAUGGAAUUUUCUAAAGCUGGUUUUGUGACUGAGCUUUCUGAUGAAUCAGCCGACGACGACCAGCAAAAAGACGAUGACCAUGAUUAUGAUGACGAAGAACAUGCUGAGAUUGAUACUCCUACUUUUGUAACUGAUUCUCAACUACUGGUUGAUGAUGAACUCAGUUCUGUUUCUGCUCAAGAUACUAGUAACAAGCUCGUGGUAGACGACACUACUUUUGAUAUGAUCCUACAUCGUGCUGAUGAUGGAGAAGAAGGCUCACAAAGAAUGGACGAGGAAAUUGAGAAUGAGGAUGUAGCUGCUGUACAAGGACCUCGUGUGCCUGCCUUUGUAGUUCAUGUUACAAGACCAGCCGAAGUUGAAGAGACGAGGAAGGAUCUUCCCAUAGUAAUGAUGGAGCAGGAGAUUAUGGAAGCUAUUAAUCAUCACCCUACGGUUAUUAUUUCAGGACAAACCGGGUGUGGUAAAACCACUCAAGUUCCUCAGUUCCUUUAUGAAGCUGGUUUUGGUUCAAAGCAAUGCACUUCUCGAAGUGGGAUUAUCGGGAUUACCCAACCACGCCGUGUUGCUGUCCUUGCCACUGCCAAGAGAGUGGCAUUUGAGCUUGGUGUUCAUCUAGGUAAAGAAGUUGGUUUCCAGGUUAGGUACGACAAAAAGAUUGGUGACAACUCCUCUAUCAAGUUUAUGACCGAUGGUAUUUUACUUCGUGAGAUUCAGAAUGACUUCUUAUUGAGGCGUUACUCUGUGAUAAUUCUCGAUGAAGCUCAUGAAAGAAGCCUGAACACAGACAUUUUAAUUGGGAUGCUCACUCGAGUCAUCAAAAUCCGACAGGAAUACUACGUGGAACAACAAAAGAGUCUUCAGUCUGGAUGUGCGGUAACCUCAGAACACCAAGUUAUCACGCCACUUAAACUUAUAUUGAUGAGUGCGACAUUGCGAGUGGAAGAUUUUGUAUCGGGGAAAAGGUUAUUCCCCAAGGUACCUCCGCUUAUAGAGGUUCCCACUCGACAGUAUCCAGUAACUAUACAUUUCUCCAAGAAGACUGAGAUUGUUGAUUAUAUCGGUCAAGCUUAUAAGAAAGUGAUGUCAAUUCACAAAAAGUUACCACAAGGAGGAGUACUUGUUUUUGUGACAGGGCAGAGAGAAGUUGAUCAUUUAUGUGACAAGUUACGUAGUUUUUCAAAGGAAUUUGUUGUUCAAGCUGCUAAAAGAGAUGCUUCCGCAAAGAAGAAAUGCGAUGAUGGUUCUUUUGGUGGUAUUGACAUGAAGGAAAUUGCUGAAGCAUUUGAUGAUGGCUCCAACAAUCAAAAUUUCAGGUUUAGCUCACAUGAAGAAGAUCCUUCCGAUAUUGGUGAUGGUAGCUAUGAUGAUGAUUUUGAAGAAGAUAUGUAUGAGUCUGAUGAAGACAGCGACUGGGAGACCAUUGAUGACAGCUCUGCAUAUCCAUUUGUAGAGGAAGGGAAGCUUGAUGCUCUUCGAGCAGCGUUUAAUGCUUUGUCAGAUAAAAAUGGAUCCGUAUCUGUUGAGACAACGAAGUCCAUUGCAGCAGAGGAUCAAGAGGCUGAGCAGGAGAAAACCUCAUUUACUCCAGGAAAAUUACGUGUUCUUCCGCUUUAUGCAAUGCUAUCUCCAGCUGCACAGCUUCGAGUGUUUGAGGAUGUUGAGAAAGAAGAAAGACUUGUGGUUGUGGCGACUAAUGUAGCAGAAACUUCUCUGACUAUCCCUGGUAUAAAGUAUGUGGUUGAUACAGGUCGGGUUAAAGUGAAGAAUUACGAUUCUAAGACUGGUAUGGAAAGUUAUGAGGUAGAUUGGAUUAGCCAAGCUUCGGCUAGUCAAAGAGCUGGAAGAUCUGGACGAACUGGACCUGGCCACUGUUAUCGUCUCUAUUCAUCUGCGGUUUUUAGCAAUAUAUUUGAGGAAUCUUCGCCUCCUGAAAUCACGAAAGUUCCUGUUGAUGGAGUCGUUCUUCUCAUGAAAUCUAUGAACAUUCCAAAGGUUGAGAAUUUCCCGUUUCCAACUCCGCCUGAGCCAUCUUCUAUUAGAGAAGCAGAACGAUGCUUAAAAGCUUUAGAGGCUCUAGACAGCAACGGAAGGCUAACAUCAUUAGGAAAGGCUAUGUCUCACUAUCCCAUGAGUCCACGUCACUCAAGAAUGCUUCUCACAGUCAUCCAAAUGCUAAAAGAGACCCGGAAUUACUCACGCGCGAAUCUUGUCCUUGGAUACGCGGUUGCAGCGGUAGCCGCAUUGAGCUUACCAAACCCUUUGAUAAUGCAGUUUGAAGGAGACAAGAAAAACGAGUCCGAAGAUGCUAGCAAAACCGUCAAGCAAGACGAGAAACAACGGAGAAAGGAGCGGAAAGAGAAGAUCAAAGCCGCACGGAACAGAUUUUCCAACCCGAGCAGCGAUGCUUUGACUGUAGCUUACGCAUUGCAUACCUUUGAGGUCUCAGAGAGUGGCACAGGCUUCUGCGAGGCAAAUGGACUGCAUUUGAAGACCAUGGACGAGAUGUCUAAGCUCAAAAAUCAGCUUUUGCGACUUGUUUUCAGCUGUUGUAAGCUCUCAGAAACCGAAGACUGUUUCUCAUGGAGUCAUGGGACUAUACAAGACGUGGAGAAGUCAUGGAGAAUCACCACAUCGUCAUCCUCAAAAAGCCCUCUUCUACAGAACGAAGAAGAACUGUUAGGAGAAGCCAUAUGUGCGGGAUGGGCAGACCGUGUAGCCAGAAAGACCAAGGCGACAGAAUACCAAGCAUGUUCUGUUCAAGAACCUGUUUUCUUGCACCGCUGGUCGUCUCUCAUAAACUCAGCUCCUGAGUUAUUAGUCUACAGCGAGCUCCUACUCACCAACAGACCGUACAUGCACGGAGCUACACGAGUGAAGCCGGAAUGGCUAGUGAAGCACGCUAAAUCUCUCUGUGUGUUCUCCACGCCUCUCAAGGACCCGAAACCAUACUACUCAAGUGAGGAAGAUAGAGUUUUGUGCUGGGUGGUGCCAAGUUUCGGUCCUUAUAAUUGGGAGCUUCCGGCUCACAGUGUGGCAAUAACAGAGGAUAGAGACAGAGCAGCGGCAUUCGGAUGCGCUUUGCUUCAAGGAGAGGUAUUGCCUUGUUUCAAAAGGGUUAGGUUGUUGUUGGCUGGGAAACCUGAAACGUUGUUGGAAAGAGAAGGUUGGGGUUUAGAAAGAGUUGGGAGUUUGGUGAUAGCUUUGACAGAGAAGAAGAUUGAUAGUUUGGAGAGUCUGAGAAAGAGUUGGGAAAAGAACCCGAAGGUGCUUUAUUCAGAGAUUGAAGUUUGGUUUCAGAAAAAGUUUCGUCAUCGUGUCAAAGAGCUUUGGCAAACAAUGCUAAAAGAGGCUCAUGUUAAAGAAAGUGGUCAGGUCAGAUGAGGUAAUUGUGUGUUUAGAUGUUAUUUCACACAUUUUAAACCCUUUUUUUUUUGUUUAAUUGGAACUAUCUCAAAAAAAGAAAAAAGAGAAAAUUUUGAUAUUAAUGGUGAAAGUUAAUUUUUAAUUAUACUAGCAAUUGACCCGCGCUACGCGCAGUAGCUAGAUUAAGAUGUAUUCCCAAUUUUUUUGUGUAUACUAUUAUGUUGGUUAAGUAAAUUCAUAUUUUA